AUGUCAAUGUCACAAAGUGCAUUAAUUAAAGAAGAGAUCUCAAGUGUAUCUUUUCAAUUCUAUACAUCAGAUGAUGUUAGAAAAUUAAGUGUUAAACAAAUUGUAGAGAUUGAAUCAUUCGAUAUGUUGGGUGGUCCAGUUCCAGGUGGUUUACAUGAUCCAGCUUUAGGUCCAACUGGUCCAGCUGAAAGAUGCGCAACAUGUUCAUUGGAUUUUAUUGAAUGUCCAGGUCAUUUUGGUCAUAUUGAAUUAGCAAUUCCAUGUUAUAAUCCAGUUAGUUUUCAAACAAUUUUCAAAUUAUUAAAAAAUAAAUGUUUCCAUUGUCAUCAUUUUAAACAUGGUAAACCAAUUAUUAAUCAAUUUAUUGAAGAAUUAACAUUAUUAUUUAAAGGUGAUGUUGUUAAAGCAAGAAAUUUAAGAGAAAGAAAUGUUUUACUUAGAGGUUAUGAAGAGAAAAAGAAAGGAAAAUCAAAUGAAGAAGGCGAAGAAGUAAUGGAAUCAGAUGAAUCAGAUUCAGAUAAAAUGGAUACUGAUGAGAAUAAAACAAAUGGUAAAAUUAUUUGUGAUGGUGUUUUUAAUGCAAAAGAAAUCUAUUCAGGUAAAGCAACACAUAUUGAAGAUUUUAAGAGAGAAGUUUUUAAAGAAUUCUUUGGAUCAUUCUCUGGUUAUGCUAUACCAUGUGGUAAUUGUGGUGCAUAUUCACCACGUUUACGUAAUGGUGAUGCAUCAAAAUCCAAACUUUUCAUUAUGCCUUUACAUGAUAAAUAUGCCACUAAAAACAGUGCUAUCAAACUUCCAACCAAUUUUUCAUCAGUUAAAGAACAAACCGAACAUGGUACUUGGUUUGCACCAUGGGAGGUUUUAGAUAAUAUGAAGAAAUUAUUUGAAAAUGAAAAAGAGAUUUUAGAUAUGUUAUUGGGUCAUUUGGUACCAAUCGUCACAAACAAGGGAGGAGCAAAGAAAAAUGUUGGUCGUCAAUUCACCAAGGAAUCAAAUGUUGAUAGUUUAUUUAUGAGAGUUUUCCCAGUUACACCAGCACGUUAUCGUCCACCAAAUUUUGUAAAUGGUCGUCGUUCAGAACAUCCACAAAACUCUCAUUAUAAAGGUAUGGUAAAAUCGAAUAAAAUGAUUCGUCAAUCUAUUGAUGCCGGUGAAGGUAAAGCUAAAUUCUUGGUAAAUUCAGUUUGUGAUUUACAAAUGCAUGUCAAUAAUAUGUAUGAUAAUUCCAAAUCAAAUUCAAAUACCAAUGAGGUUGCCAAUGGUAUUAAACAAAUUCUCGAGAAGAAGGAAGGUCUUUUCAGAAAACAUAUGAUGGGUAAACGUGUUAAUUAUGCUGCACGUACUGUAAUUUCACCAGAUAUUUCAUUAGAGACCAAUGAAAUGGGUGUACCUCAAUAUUUUGCCAAAACAUUAACAUUCCCACAACCAGUUACAUCUUUUAAUUAUAAUCAAUUGGCACAAGCUGUUAUCAAUGGUCCAGAGCAAUAUCCAGGUGCAAAUUUCAUUGAAGAUGAAAAUGGUCAUUUAAUUAAUCUUUCAAAAGAAUCACAAGAGAAAAGAAUUGCACUCUCUAAAACCCUCUUAACUAGUCAUCCACAUGCACCACGUGGUGUUAAUAAAAAAGUUUAUCGUCAUUUAUUAUCUGGUGAUUAUGUAUUGGCAAAUCGUCAACCAACACUUCACAAACCAGGUAUUAUGGGUCAUCGUGUUAAGGUUUUAGGUAAAAAUGAAAAGACACUUCGUAUGCAUUAUUCAAAUUGUUCAACUUAUAAUGCAGAUUUCGAUGGUGAUGAAAUGAAUAUUCAUUUCCCACAAUCUUUAUUGGCAUCUGCUGAAAUUCGUGAAAUUUGCGCAAACAAUUAUCAAUACUUGGUACCAAGAAAUGGUGCACCACUUAGAGGUUUAAUUCAAGAUCAUAUUUUAACCGGUGUACUUUUAACCAAACGUGAUACUCUCUUUACCAAAGCCGAUUUCCAAGCAAUUCUCUAUGCAUCUUGUUGGUCUGUCAAUACUAAACAUCCAAUUGUUACACCACCACCAUGUAUUUUAAAACCAGUUCCAUUAUGGUCAGGUAAACAAUUGAUUAGUGCUGCUUUGAAUCAACUUACAAUUGGUCGUGCUCCAUUGAAUUUAGAGGCACCAUCAAAAAUUCCAACUAAAAUGUGGGGUACUAAAGGUUUGGAGAUUACUCGUGACUCUCACGUUAUCAUUCGUCAAAAUGAAAUGGUUGCUGGUAUUCUUGAUAAAGGUCAUUUCGGUGCAAGUAGUUAUGGUUUGGUUCAUACUUGUUAUGAACUUUAUGAUCCAGAUGUUGCUGGUUCCCUUUUAACACUAUUAGGUCGUAUGUUUACAAAUUAUCUUCAAUCACGUGGUUUCACUUGUGGUGUAGACGAUCUUUUAAUGAAGAACAAAGAAGAGAAGUUCAGAGUUGAAACUUUAAAGAAAGCAAAUGAAGAAGGUUAUACCGUUGCUGCUAAAUUUGCUGAUUUAUCAAAAUAUGAUGAACAAAAAGCUAGAGAUUUCUUUUCAAAAGCACUCCAAAGUGAAAGAGAAGUUGCACGUCUUGAUGGUUUGUUAAAGAAAGGUUUAAAUCAAUAUACCUCUAAAGUUAUUGAUACUUUAAUUCCAGGUGGUCAACAAAAACCUUUCCCAAAGAAUAAUUUCUCAUUGAUGACUGUUUCCGGUGCUAAAGGUAGUGUUGUAAAUUUCUCACAAGUUUCAUGUCUAUUGGGUCAACAGGAGUUGGAGGGUAAACGUGUACCACGUAUGGUUAGUGGUAAAACAUUACCAAGUUUCCAAGCUUAUGAUGCCUCUGCAAGAGCUGGUGGUUUCGUUAUGGAUCGUUUCUUGACUGGUGUACGUCCACAAGAUUAUUUCUUCCAUUGUAUGGCUGGUAGAGAGGGUUUAAUCGAUACUGCAGUUAAAACAUCACGUUCUGGUUAUCUUCAACGUUGUCUCAUUAAACAUUUGGAAGGUUUAUCAGUUCAAUAUGAUAAUACAGUUAGAGAAUCCGAUGGUUCAGUAAUUCAAUUCAAUUAUGGUGAAGAUUCAUUAGAGAUUGGUAAAACUCCAUACCUUACUAAAUUCCCAAUCAUUGCAGAAAACUAUGAAUUAUUUAAAUCACAAUUCCCAAUGGAACAAUUGAUUGAACAAUUAAAGAAUCAAGAGGUUGUUGAAUAUAAUCGUUCAAUUAAGACUCAACCAGAAUUGGAUCCAGUUAUGAGUAAAUUUAAUCCAUCUUCCGAUUUAGGUUGUGUUUCUGAAAGUUUUAUGAAUCAAUUAAAUCAUUACAUUGAAAGUAAUCCACAAAAAUUAAUUAAAACCACCAGCAAUCGUGAUGGUAAAAUCAAUGAAAAAGAUUUCCGUAAUCUUAUGUAUCUCUAUUAUUCACGUAGUAUGGUUUCUCCAGGUGAAAGUGUUGGUUUACUUUGUGCUCAAUCCAUUGGUGAACCAUCAACUCAAAUGACUUUAAAUACUUUCCAUUUGGCUGGUAGAGGUGAAGCAAAUGUAACUUUAGGUAUUCCACGUCUUCGUGAAUUAAUUAUGACAGCAACUACUAAACCAAUCACUCCAUUAAUGGAAUUCCAAAUUAAUGAUUCAACUAAUAAAGUUGAAACUGAAAAGAUGGCAAAAUAUUUAGAGAUUUUAAAACUUUCCGAUAUUAUCAAGGAUAUUACCGUUCAAGAAUAUUUCCAAGAUACCAAUAGAAAUUAUGAUAUUGAAAUUGAAUUCAUUCCAACUUUACAACAAGUUUUAUCAUUACAUAGAAUUAAAGAGAAACAAUUAAAUAAAUUAUUUGGUGAAUUUAAUAAAGUAAUUAAGAGACAAGUUAAGAGUCAAGGUAAAUUAAAAGUUAAUAAUGGUGAUAUUGGUUUAGGUUCAAAAGUUAGAGGUAGUGAUUUGGUUGAAGAUGAUUCUUUAACAAUUAAUGACGAUGAUGCUCCAGCAAAUGAUGAUACCACCAAUAAUGAUGAAAAUACUUCUCAACAACAACCAUCAUCACAAAAUAAAAAAUCAAAAUCAAAAGUUAUCACUCAAGAUGAUGAUAGUGUAGCUGCAAAAUCAAAGAAUAAAAAGAAACAAAAUGUUAAUUAUGAAGAUGGUGAAGAAGAAGCCGAAGAAAAAGAUUCUGAUGAAGGUGAAUCUGAAGCUGAAGAAAGUGAUGAUAAAUCUGAUGUCGAUUCAGAUUCAGAUGAAAUUUCAAAUUCUCGUUCAUCAAAUAGUUUCAGUGAUGAAAGUAUUGAAUUUGAUCAAAAGAAAUUAACAUUUACAAUUAGUGUUGCAAGUGAUAGUAAAAAAGUUUUAAUGUUGGGUAUUGUCGAAACUGAAGCCUCUAAAUUUGUACUUAAAUCUUGUAAAGGUAUCACUAGAUGUUUUGUUAAUGAAAAACAAGUUGGUGGUAAAACUCAUUAUUCCAUUCAAUCCGAAGGUGUUAAUCUUUCAGAAAUUUUCGAACUUCGUGAUAAAUUAAAGAUUGAUGAAAUCUAUACCAAUGAUAUCUAUGCUAUCCUUCAAAAGUAUGGUGUUGAAGCAUGUCGUCAAGCUGUUACCUCUGAAAUUUCAAAUGUAUUUGCUGCUUAUGGUAUCUCUGUCGAUAAACGUCAUCUCAUCCUUUUAGGUGAUUAUAUGACUUUUGAAGGUGGUUAUAGAGCUUUAAAUCGUAUUGGUAUUGAAAAUAAUACUUCUCCUUUCCAAAAAAUGUCUUUUGAAACUACUUUCUCUUUCCUUUCAAAAGCUUCUUUAAUGGGUGACUAUGAUACUGUCACUUCUCCUUCUUCACGUAUCGUUUUAGGUCAAAUCGUUAAAAAUGGUACUGGUAGUUUUACAAUCGUUGCUCCAGUUAAAUAA